CACGGGUACUACGUACACUCGGCUGGUGUGAAACAAGUCAGUCGCUACCUCUGGCUACCGCCGAAAAACACCGCACGGCUGCGCCUGCUGCGCUACUGCGCCCGCGCGCGCUUCUCGUGACGUAACGUGACGUCAGAGAUCGCUUGCGGCUCGAUUUGUAAGCAACGUGAGCAAUCGCGAUUCGCGAAAGAUCCGUGGUCCUGCGAAGCAGUGUGACGUUUUGUCUGUUUGGCGGUGUUGCUGUCCAAGCUUGUGGGCUUCUACGCGCGCUUCGUUAUUGCUGUUGCUUACAAGGCGCGUAAUCAUCCACCUGAGAGCCUGUCCCUGCUUGCACGAACGCGGGCAGGACAAUGAACGUCUACGUUCUUCUGAGCCUGGCCAUUGUGUUCUUGACAACAUUCGUCGAGAACGCUCUUGCCACAACAUGCACCAGAGAAGUUUUUGACAUAACCCAGUACUUCACUUGCCCGGGACCUGUGGACAGGCCAACAGAGCGAUAUUGCUGUGGCACCAAGAAGUUCCGAUACUGCUGUGAUCUAAACAACUACUCAGAUGCCAUCAAGUCUGUGGGAGCAAUCAUCGGUGUGAUCAUAGUGAUCAUCAUAGCCGUAGUGGUGGUUGUCAUUGUUUCCUGCUUCUGCUGUAGCUGCUGUCUCCUGGCCAGGCGGAGACAGCAGAGGGGCCGUGUCCUUGGAGGUGGCCAGACGGGAGGUACAGCAGCCACAGCAGCACAGCCCAUGGUGCCUCCUACGAUGACCCCGUACCCUCAGCAGCCGUACCCUCAACAGCCAUAUCCUCAGCAGCCGCCAGCCGGCUACCCAGUGCAGCCGGCACCGAUGGUACCUGCCACGCCUGCUCCUGGGUUUGGCUACUAUGCAUCACCAUAUGGAAAUCCGCCUCCAUACACGGACAAUGUGAUGCCCGUGCAGCAGCCACCGCCGAUGCAGCAACCUCCGUUCAACCCUAGCUAUCCGGCAAAGUGAAGGCACAGAGUGCAUGCGUGUGGUGUAAAGUGUGACAUCCCGAACCAUGGACUGGCGUCAAGGUUGGUUCUGGGGCAUGUGGCCAGCGUUAGUAGUGAUCACAUUCAGGCUAUGUUUGACACUGUUGUAGGUUUGUCACGUUGUCUUGAUUUACAAAGGAGUGUGCGGGCACAUGAUUUGUCUUUCCUCGUAAUGUAUGCUGAGUAUUGGACUGUAUCUGAACAAGUAGUGGCAGAAGUUACUCAAAAGAAGCUGCCAUACUCUAUAACUACAUCCUGACACACACAGCGAUUCACAGAGAGAACUGUUGCGAAAAUCAUGGGAGCAGUUAUUGCACUUCUUAACGUGUAUUUGUGGGACGUUGGCUGAACUCAUAAUGCUGGGUAUGUGCAUGUGUUGGAUGUUAAAUGUUUAUGGAGACAAUACCAAGGGAAGCCCUUGUCACGGAAAUUGUAGCAUCGACAGCACAGUACUUUCCACAGUAUUGUUGUAUCAUUUACGUAUCAUGGUGCCAGAUAUCUAUGAUGGUGACACUGUAAACAUGAAAAAAUGUCUACAGACAGUGCAGAAAAUGCAUGUUAAGAUACUUUGUAACAGAUUGCAGUGCUGUAUAGUUACUGUGCACAUGCUGCGAUCAAUGUGGCAUUGUCCUUAAUUUUUAGUCUAGCUAUUGGACGUAUACACACAUGGAGACUGUCGGAACUUUUUGGUCUUGAAGGUCAGAACCUUACUCAUUUUUACUUUUCAGACAUUUUGUGAUGUUUUUAGUGAAGGCUGUACAAGCUGUGACUUGAUAGUUUGCUUUUCUCUAUUCCAGUGGCAUUAUGGAGCUUACUUUGUCGGCUUUACAGCACAAUGGAAUGCUCAGUGGGAGUUCUGAGUGCUGCAGUUUGCCUUGUCGCAGCACACCACUUAAAUCUUCCUAAUUUUGCUUUGUCACAGUCACUUCGUUAUUGUAUAUUCAGGUUUUCUCAAUGCAUAGUUUUGAAUAUCGCACUGAAGAGUGAGCAAGGAACAAAUAAAAUAGCAAAUGACUCUUGCGAACUCUUGCAAACUUGGUAAAACAGAGGAGCAGUAGAUGGAGACUUGUGAAAACUAAGAUGAAGGCGGGGUUGGAGUUUCAGCAUGGUGCCAGUGCUUUGACAAGGGAAGAUCUUUCUAUCGCAGCCAUUCUAGACGAAGACAAGUAUGCUUGCCGAAGCAUUGGCACACAGCUGAGUGUGCACCCAUGCUCGUAAAGGCCACCUACAGGCCUUAACCUCCCCUGUGGUCUGGAAAAAAUUAGUUUACAUUAGUCAAAGGUAUUCAGAGUGAUGUUUGUGUUCCUUUGAAGAAGCUGCCUUUGCAUUCCAGAUGUCUACUGCCAAAAUUUCACCAGAAUCCUUUCUUGGAAGUCUUUCUCCUUUGUCAAGGGUUUGUCAAUCUAUUGAGCUUAGGUUGGGAAGCAGUGAUUGUAUGAAAAGAGGUAAUGAUGGCUUCAAGAAACCCACCGUUGAUGGUUGGGAUUUUUGUUGCAUAAUCCAUUCCAGCAGCACAUGCAUGGACAUGACAAAUUAGCAGUGCGAGGGAUCAUGCUACCUAGAAGCAGCCAGAUAGAGGAUAUAAUUUCAAGCUAUUGGCCAAGGAUUGCACACAAUGCGAGAAGUAUCUUGGUGCAACACGGGGCUAACAGGUGUCUGUGCACUUGUUGCACUUGCUCCCACAUGUUUUUAGUUUAACUGACCCCCAACUUGAAACAGGAUGCAGUGAGUUGAGAGCACGAGUUCUGCAGCCAGUCUUUUAUCCAAUGUAUUCCUCUCGCAUAGUACUCAAAUGUAUACAAAAUUCUUUUUAGUUUCACAUGCGUUUUCUCAGCACAGGUGCCAGGCAGUAUGCCCUCUUCAUACUUGGCAGUAUGCAAUGUGCCCUCUUCAAGCCACGUUGUGUGUGCGUGGGCGGGGAGAGACCAUACAAUCAUUGUGAAGCUUCAGUGCUGUGGUGGCUUGUUUGUGGCUGUGUUUCUUGCCAAGUUUAUUUUCGUGCCAGAGAACUGUAAAAUACUCCAUAGGGUAGGUUUACUAAGUUUGUUGACCAUUUGCAGGGGCCCACUGUGGUUUGCCCAUAUUGUAAUAGUUAAGUUCAGUGAGCCAGAACAGAUGUGACUGUCUAAUGUGAUCUUUAUAUAAAGCCCGUGGUGGCUACAGCUAAAGCUUGAGUUUGGGAAAUGUUGUUGCAAUCUAAAUGCAGUGACUGAAUGUACCAUAUGCACCUGAGCAAAGCAAGGACUGUGACUGCACAUGCAUAUUAUUGCCUGCGGCCCUCGGCUGCCUUUGAUGCAAAAGUUGAAGAACUUCUGCUGUCGUUCAGCAGUUUGUUUAUGUACAGUUCUUUAUGGGUUUGCAGCCUAGUUUUGUUUUGAAUGACUUGCAAACAUAAUCCCCAUGCCAUAGACACAACCGGUCCAUUCGCACAUUUGCAGCCUCUGAAGUGUGCACAAGCCGUGCUUCACUACAGACGCCUGAAUACUGCAGUGAAUCCUUGUCGUUCAGCUCAUUUCCUUUCUUAUGUUCCGACAAGCACAAAUAGCUGCUGUUAAAUUUACAUCAUGAUGGUGCUGUUGUCUUGCUUUUCGUGUGUCCAACAUUGUUGUGCAAGCUUACUUAUACGUUAACUGACAGAUUCUAUCUUUUUUUGUCAGGAAAAUAAUAAUGGUGCCUCGUGUUUAGCAUAACGACCACAUGUGCCAAAUUACUGGUAAAAAAAUAUCUGACUCUUGUGUGAUGUCCGAAGACUAAGUUGGUCUGGCUUAAUCUUGAUCUUGUUAGUCAAAUACCUUUACUUGUUUCAUUUCUGUGUUGGCACUUGCUGAGCUGUCAAUUUGUUCAGUGGCUGAAGUGAAGUUGCAUUCCAGGCUGCUUGGUAAAGAAGUACUAAUUUCUGGCUCUUUAGAAAUGGAAAUACUCUUCCGAUUCUCUUUAGUCCAAGACAUUCAAGGAACCGAAGUAAAAUAUGCGCCAUAUGCACUGCAAUAAGUUGCCUGUUCCUGGAAUCUUGGGUUUCCAUCCAAUAGCACUACCUGAUGUUUUUUUAUGCUGUGGUAUUAAGAGAGGAUUUUGAAUCAUUCAGUCUCAUAAGAAUGUGCUGGUGUGAUGUUGGCCCUAAUGUACUGUUGGAUUGUUUUUCUCAUGUUGACACAUAUUGUGGCAGCACACAGACAUGGAAACUGUGCAUCUGGGCACCCUGUUGGGUUAAAAAUGUUAAAGAGGAUUGGUACUUCGCACCUAAUACAUGUAAUGCUUCCCUUUUUUCUUUGCUUGUUUGUUUGCUUAAAAGAUUGGGUUGCUGUUUUGUCCACAAGCCAUUUAGCAUCCUCCGAGGCUAGGUCACCAAAGGACAAUGAACUCUGUUUCGUGCAACAACAUACGUGUAUCUUUUGUUUGUGAUCUGUUUACAAAGCGAUCUACGCUUGUAAAGAAAAGUGAAUUUCUUAUUCUCUUGCUGUGACUGGUUACUAUUUUGAUGUGCUUACUUUUAAGGUAAGAUUGUUGCAUAUUGUGAAAUGAGCAAUGUUUCUGUUCUUGCACAUGGUCACUUACCUUUUUGCUGGGCUGACUGGUCAGCUCAGCAUAAUGUCACUUUAAAAAUUUUUACACCCUUUAGGGGUUUAUCUUGUUGCACAGCAAGAAUCACCAUCAAUCCUGCAUGCAAUUUGUUUAUUUAAUGCUCUGCAUCUGAUACUUUACUGUUGUGAAAACUAUGGCACUCUGAGAUGGACAUUGCAUUGCUGAUGAAAAAGUUCCUGUGCAGUAUUGAAGGACACACAUGCAUGUGACAUUGAUGAGGAUCGUUGUUGUAGAACGGGACAAACCUAAAUGAUGUAAAAAGUUUUUAAUGUUAGCCAUUUAUCUUCUAUUUUGUGUUAAUAGUUUAUGCUGCUUUCUCCCUUCCCCCAUCUUCCCAAGGUCUUCAAUUGCCUUUUGCUAGUCAUAUAGUUCUGACAAUUGCAGCAAACAUUUUUGUUUUUUAAGCCUGCUUCCUUAUCUGAAAGUGAUUUGUAAUUUCGUGAUCUGGAUGUUUUUCUUCAUGUGGUUUGUACAGCUACAGCUCGCUUCCGAUUUGUUUUCUGGUCUCUGUAUCGGAAGUAGGAGUGUUGAAAGCACUGUAACAAGAACAAAUAACACGCGUGCCAUUUAAUUAUACACAAACCACUAGACGAGGUUUAGAACUUCUAUCAGCCGUGUUCACAUCUACCUUUGUCAGUUAAGUGACUGCAUGGUCUGUUCACUUUUCGAAAGUUUGUGUUCAGAAUGCCAAUUUGUCACAUUGUUGGUGGUUUUUGCUCCAAUAAAAUGUGUACAAGAAAUUUUAA